AUGAACGUUGAUGAUGACUUGAGAUCAUCAUUGUCUCAGUUGGCUCGGAGUUUCGGAAAUGAUAUCAACGAAAUCGUCAAUAGGAUCGACACGCUAAUGCAAUGCGAAGAUUUUUUCCCCGUUCUGUUAAAUUAUAUCAGUCAAUCAUCUGAAACAACUCGGAAAUAUGCAUUGUUCGUUCUUAAAAGAUCAUUAAUUUUAAUGAAGGAUAGAGUUACUCCAGAAACAUUAGAAACAAUCACCGAAAUCAUAAUUAAUACAGUCACAGUUUCGGAAUAUGAAACGGUAAAUUACAGCAUGAGUAUAUUAGGGCUGUUUAUAGAUGAAAUUAUAGAAUCUGAUCUUCUUGGCCGCUACUGUUUGCAAUUUUAUCAGAAUAAUAAUUUAUAUAUCGUUUCUUUUUUAGCUAAGUUCUUAAAUUUCUCACGACAUGAAGAUAUAAUGACUGACAUAAUCAGUUCUGGCUUCGUUCAUAACAAUAUAAUAAUUAAUCAAAAUACUUUCUCAAUUCUAAUAAAUAUAGUUGAUUUUUACAAGAAUCAAGAGUUGAACUAUGAUAUAACACAGUAUAAGCAAAGUUUGAUCCAAAGAUUACAAGAUUUGAUAAAUAAUAAACUUUCAAAAGAUUAUAAUUCGAUUUGUCAACUACUUAUAGCAACAAGAGAUGACCUAUUAGAUAUGGUUGACUUCUAUGACCUCUAUCCUUUGAUUUCUCAAGUGUUUUCCGAUGAUUUCGACAAAGAAAUGAAAGAAGUUUCAUUGGACUUACUUGGAAAGCUUGUUAUAACAUCAACGAUAAAUUUGACACAAGAAAACACGUUAGAACUAUUAAAUUUAUCGUUAAAUGAAACUUCAAAUUUAUAUUCGCCAGAAGAAGAUUAUUUGAAUCAAACAAUAGAGUGUUUACAACAGUUAUCCCUAUCACUAUUUAAACUAAUUGGUUUUGAACAAACUCUGCAAUUUAUUGUUGAAAAAUUUAAUAAUUUUAAUCAGUUAAAAGAAAAUCAAAUAAUAGCAUUGAUGUUAUAUACCAAUGCUGCUGUAGAUGCAUUUCCUGCCGUUGUUGGAAUUUUUGACGAAUUAUUUAUUAUUUUAAUUAAUCUCGUUCAAAUUGAGAAUGAAAACAUCAGAUAUUAUACUUUAGACCUUAUUAAUAAUGUUCUGAUGUCAGGAGUUGAAUUUGAAGAACAACAAUGGUCGAAUUUUGCAAAUUUCUUUUUCCAAUUCGCAAUGGAUACAAAUAAUGAAUUUGCAGCACAAUCAUUAGUUAUCAUCAUCAAAAAGAAUCCGAAAUGUAUCAAUUUCGAACAAUUUGCUGAGAAUUUAUUGAUAUAUGAAAUAACAAAGUCUUCUUUAAUGAUAUUGACCAAUCUAAUUGCAUAUAAAGCUGAUGAAGCCCAGCAAUAUGCAUCAGAUUUAUAUUCUUAUGCUACAGAAAUCAUAAAAGAAGUUGAUAUCAUAAAUGGAAGCUCAAUUUUGUUUUCUUUGAUUGCAGCAAUACCUUAUUCGCUUGUUGAGAACAUCCAGGACAUAAUAGACUUCACUCUCCAGCAAAUGCAUGAAGAUGACACGGAUUAUUUGUUCAACAGUUUAUCGCUUUACCAAAUAAUUGUCAUGAACUACAAGGACAGUUUAUUUGGAGAAACAGAUUUCGUAGAAACUUCUUUGAACGAGAUAAUUUCGGAUUUACUCGAGAGAUCAUCAUCAAAUGAUGAAUUUGUUGUACAUACUUAUCUGAUGCAGAUGCAACUCGAAGUAAUUUCAUCAAUUUUGCCUUAUUUUACAAAAAUUUUGGAAUAUUUUCCAGAUACAUUCAAUAAUUUGAUGCAGAUUGUUAAUAAUUGCAUAACAAAUGAGAUUCUGCUUCCUGUCAUAUCAGAUCUUUUGAGUUUUAUGAUAAAAAUAUCAUUUGAUCCGAAAAUUGUCAAUGAUUUGAUUUCGAACUCAUUAGAGAAGUUUGAAGAACAAGAUCUCAACAAUUUCGAGUACAUUUGUGAUAAUUUUUGCCAAAUUUUAGAAUCAAAUCUGAUUUCUCCUGAAUUUCGAUAUAAUUUGUUAGUAAUCUUAGUUGACAAGAUGAUAAAAUUAUCAAAUACAUCUUGCGAACCAUCCAGGAAGAUCACAACUUUGAUUUCUAACAUAUUAAGUUCAUUAUCAGAUGAAAACUUAUUGAAAGCUCAUAAAUUGAUAUCUAAUGCCAUGUCAACAAUGAUUGAUUCAACAGAAGAAAAGUUAUCCGUCUAUUUCCUUGUGUUUUCGAAAUUAACACAUUUAUCUAUUUUUGAAAACAAAAUUUUUGAAAGAGGAAUUGAAAAAGCUAUUCCUUCCAUUGAAUUCCGAUCAAUUAGUUCUAAAUUUGCCAUUCCUUUUGUUCUUGGAACCAUUAUCAACAAAAGGUUCCCAAUCAACCUUGCAAAUGAAGUUUGGAACUUAUUCGUAGUUGUAGAUUCAUACAACGACCAACAGAGAGAUGAAAUUCUCUUUGCUUCUUUUCUUUUGACAGAUUCAAAUCAAAAUAUUCCAAAUGAUUCAUUAAUUGUAAUGCUAAACUCAUUACCACCACGAGUAUCAAAUAAUAUGUACAAUAUUCUUAGUUAUUUGCUUUUGAAACUUCAAAUUUCUGAUGAAUUAAGAAUUCCUUAUAAUCUUGCGUUAUAUAGGUUCUUAACAUAUUUAGAACCAUCGAUAUUGAUGAAACUUGUUAAAAUCAACAUAAUUUCGCUGUUGAUUCAGAGAUUUAAUGAAACAUUUUCAAAAGAUCAAUAUGAUGAGGAGCACAUCAUUAAAAUCAAUAAGAUAAUCGAAUUCUUCCAUAAAUGUGAGCAGAAUAUCAAUACUUGUUUGUAA